UGGAUAUAAGUUUUGAUUUAUAUUACAAUGACGAAAAUGCUGGGGGCAAAAUUGAUGUGCUACGUAUACGAAAAAGCCUUCGUGAUCACUCAAAUCCAUUGGAGCUUCCAAAUGCAAAGUAAGCCAUAGUUUUUCACAAUUGAAUUGCUUUUUAAUAAUGUUUGUUGCAGAUUCAUAAGUUAUUUUCGAUUAAAUAAAGAAGCAUUUUAUUUUUUACUGAAUGAGAUGAAGGAACAUUUCCACAAACGUGUGCGAGGAACGGCCAUACUUCCUAUAUUAAAAUUAUGCGCAACUCUGCGUUUCCUUGCUGACGGUGGUUAUCAAAAAUGCAGUGGAAAUGAUUUUAACAUUGGGUUGGCGCAACCUACGAUAUCUUUAGUAAUUAAAGAGGUUCUAAAUAUAAUUGAACAACGUAUUUGUGCCCAAUGGAUUAAAAUUCAAAUGACUGAGGAGGAGCAAAACGUUUCAAAAGUUUCAUUUUAUUCAAAAAGUGCUUUCCCGGGAGUAGUUGGUUGCAUCGACGGCAUGAGUCGCAUAAUUUCACCAAGAAAAGAAGUGCAACAUCUUUAUCUUAACAGAAAGGGCUACUACAGUUUAAACGUGAUGAUUCUUUGUGAUUAUAAAAUGUCUAUUCGGUAUGUGGAUGCUAGGCAUGCAGGCGCAAAUCAUGACUCUUUUGUUUUCAGUGUUAGCGAUUUGAAAGUGCAUUUACAGAACAACAUACAGAAUAACACUUGGAUCUUGGGCGACGCUGGCUAUCCUCUGCACAAAUUUUUAAUGACUCCUUAUCGCUUGGCGGAAGCUUCUUCACCCCAAGCACGCUACAAUACAGUACACUCAAAGGCCCGGAAUAUUGUAGAGCGGACAAUUGGUGUACUCAAGAGUAGAUUUCGAUGUAUUUUAUCUGUACGAGGUUUACAUUACACUCCCGAAAAGGCUACGCAAAUUGUGAAUGCUUGUUGCGCAUUGUACAAUAUUUGCCAACACUUUCAAGUGGAAUCUCCGGAAGAAAUACCAUCUACUUCACAUAUUACAAUGACCAAUGAUAUUUUGGACAUAGAAAGAGAAGAAGAGGAUACGGCUCGAAUAAUUCGCAUUAAUAUUAUGACUUCCCUCUAAACAAUUAAAAUAUUAAAUUUCAUUUAUUAUUUCUAAUGUGCU